GCACUAGGGGCGGCGGUGGAAAGCGUACUUCACUAUUGAAUUCGUUUCAGAUCUAAAGUUAUUUGUUUCUUUUAAAGAUCAGAGAAUGAAUCGCUUUCACCUUUUCGCGUUUUUAAUUUGGCUGUUAAUUGAGGACAGCCAAGCAAUAAUCAGAAUUCCUCUGCACAAGACACGCACUGUGCGCCGCAUGUUGGCAGACAAUGGGAAGACUAUUGAGGAGAUCAAGUCCAUGGCCAGAGAGAAAACCUCCGAAGUCAAAUUUACAAACCCCAAUAGAACCACAACAGCACCGCAAACAACACAACUACCACCACCUGUAGAGAAACUCACCAACUUCAUGGAUGCCCAGUAUUUUGGAGUGGUCAGCAUUGGUACCCCUCCUCAGGACUUCACUGUGCUGUUUGACACUGGAUCAUCCAACCUCUGGGUUCCAUCUAUCCAUUGCUCCUACCUGGACAUAGCAUGCUGGGUGCACCAUCGCUACAACUCUAAGAAGUCAAGCACGUACGUUCAGAAUGGCACAGAGUUCGCGAUCCAGUACGGCAGAGGGAGUCUCUCUGGCUUCAUCAGUCAGGAUACAGUCACUUUGGCAGGGCUGAAGGUGCCAGGCCAGCAGUUUGCCGAGGCGGUUAAACAGCCUGGGAUUGUGUUCGUGGUGGCACGUUUUGAUGGCGUCCUGGGCAUGGCAUACCCCGCCAUUUCUGUAGAUGGGAUUACGCCGGUGUUUGACACGGCCAUGGCUGCCAAAAUCCUGCCCCAGAAUAUCUUCUCUUUUUAUAUCAACCGGGACCCUGCAGGUGAGGUUGGAGGUGAGCUGAUGCUGGGAGGUUUUGACAACCAGUAUUUCGACGGUGAUCUGCAUUACGUCAAUGUUACGCGAAAAGCCUACUGGCAGAUAAAGAUGGAUGAGGUUCAGGUAGGUGGCACUCUUACCCUCUGCAAAAGUGGAUGCCAGGCAAUUGUUGACACGGGAACAUCAAUGAUCACAGGGCCGGUUCAAGAGGUGCGGGCCCUGCAGAAAGCUAUCGGAGCCAUACCACUGCUUAUGGGAGAGUACUGGAUUGACUGUAAGAAGAUUCCAUCACUUCCUGUUGUUUCCUUCAGCCUGGGAGGGAAGAUGCUCAACUUAACUGGAGAGGACUAUGUUCUGAAGGUGACUCAUAUGGGUGUGAGUGUUUGUCUGUCUGGCUUUAUGGCUAUGGAUAUCCCGCCUCCCGCCGGGCCGCUGUGGAUUCUGGGAGAUGUGUUCAUCGGCCGCUACUACACUGUGUUUGACAGGGAAGCGGACCGCGUUGGCUUUGCUCCUGCCAAGUGAACAGAGAGUGAAUGUCAUUAUGCUAUUGUACUGGAUCUAAUGGACCAUUAGCUAUACAGAAACCACUGUUUUGUUUGAAGUUGGUCAAUUUUUUGCAAGUUGAAAUAUGCGAAAUUGACAUGAGCAAAUCAACAAAUGCCUGAAGUGACAGGUUAAAUUUUCAAGAUUAAAACUUGUUUAGCUAGGGUUUCUCUGCACUUGCCCUCGAACGCUGCCUUGUGUUUUUAUUUUGCACUAAGUUUCAAUAGAUUGAGUCAAACUAUGCAUUUUUAUUUUAUACUUUAGCUAUUAAUGGUACAUUUAAUAAAGACUGAUUACAUGGCUGGUAGAUUUCUAGGUUUGUAACUUUUGUAUUUGAGUUUUCUUUUGUCAGUUGACUUCUGUAUGUGUGUGUAUCAUUUUGAUAAUGUUAACAACACUGGUGUAUUUUACUCGGUUUACCAAACUGAAGUGAACUUUCUGUUAAAGCUGACCAAGACUGCUUGGUUUCUUAAUCACUGUCUAAUCAUUGAACUAGAAAUUGUAGCAAAAGUUCUUUCAAACCUGGAGUUAAAUAAAGUUUUGUUUGUAGUUA